AAUAAAGAGAUGUUUAUUUUUAGUGAAAGUUGCCGGGAGCAUUUGAUGUGGGAAGUCCAAAUAUCCAGGUUGAAAAGGUGAAAAGAUGAGCAUACCUGUCCACCUGUCCCGUAAAGUUCUCACCUUGGUUCUGAUAAGACAUCAGCAGCAGGUGCUACUGGGAAUGAAGAAGCGCGGGUUUGGAGCAGGUCGGUGGAACGGCUUCGGAGGGAAGGUGGAAGUCGGUGAGACUAUCGAACAAGCUGCAAAGAGAGAGCUUGAGGAGGAAAGCUGCCUGAAGGUGGAGCGUCUACAGAAGGUUGGCCUGCUGCUUUUUGAGUUUGUAGGAGACCCCGUCAUACUGGAGGUCCACGUCUUCUCAUCAAGACAAUUCACUGGAGAACCCAGGGAAACAGAAGAGAUGCGCCCAAAAUGGUUCCCUGUGGAACACAUCCCGUAUGACUCCAUGUGGCCAGACGAUGUGCACUGGUUCCCUCUCUUCCUCAAGGGGACCAAAUUUUCAGGAUUUUUCAAGUUCAAGGGCCAUGACACCAUACUGGAGCACACCCUACAGGAACUGGACACACUACCACAGUGAUGGUUUUUGAGGUUUUUUAUAGAU